AUGAUAAACAUUGUUUAUUAUUACACAAUGUUUUAUAUUUCUUUAUUAAUUUUCAUUUCGUUUCCAGGACUUUUACAGGCUUGUGGUAGCCUUACACAUGCCGAAAUAGGUUAUCGAGCAGUAUACCAAUUUAAAGCAUCAACAAAACUUAAUUUCCAACAGCUCUUGUUGAAGCAUUCAGAUGCCUUCCAAGCAGGAACUCCUUUCCCAGAUGCAUUUUAUUCCACAAUUUGCUUUGGAGGAAAAUACCACAGUAUAUCUGAAGACACUCACUUUGCUCCUUUUAUUAAUGCAACUGUGAAUUACAUCAAGAAGCACUAUUCACAGCCAUGGGAUGAAAAGGCUGAGAAACUUAUUGCUUUUUUGUUUGGAAUCACCUCACACCAAGUAGCAGAUAUUCUCUGGCACAGUCUUGGAAUUGAACAAGGUUUUCUUCAGACAAUGGCUUCAGUGAAUUUCCAUGGAUCAUUUCCUGCUGCUCAUUCAUGGGGAGAUCUUGGUGGUGAUGUCCUGAAUGCUUAUGAACAGAAUAUUACUUACAUUCCAACUGGGUCAGAUCCCCAUUCAUGGUAUAUUCCAACAACAGAUUUGUUUAAUAUUUAUAUGGAACUCUAUGGUCAUGAGAAAAUAUCAAAAAAUGUGAUUUUGGAAUGUUUCAAACAACUUUAUAUUUUAAGAAUUGCAGAGUUAUUAGCCUUACCAAAAUUAUACAACAUUAUAGCUUAUAAAAGUCCUUUUCUUGUCCAACAACUUGAUGACUUCUUUCUUGGGGGACUGGACGAUAUGGCAGGAUGGACACAAAUAAUUUGGCAGAGUGUAGCAGAAAUGCUUCUAACUCAAAUUGCUCGUUCUCCAUUCCCCCUGCCCCCGGCGCUUCGUUCUCCAUUCCCCCUGCCCCCGACGCUCGUUCUCCAUUCCCCCUGCCCCGACGCUCGUUCUCCAUUCCCCUGCCCCCGACGCUCGUUCUCCAUUCCCCCCUGCCCCCGACACUCUCGUUCUCCAUUCCCCCCCUGCCCCGACGCUCGUUCUCCAUUCCCCCUGCCCCCGGCCUUUCGUUCUCCUUUCCCCCCUGCCCCGAUGCUGCGUUCUUCUUUCCCCCCCUGCCUCCGACGCUCGUUCUGCUCGUUCUCCUUCCCCCUGCCUCCGACGCUCGUUCUCCUUCCCCCCCCUCCGUUGCCCUUCCUCCUUUCCCCCCCGCCUCUGUUGCCCUUCCUCCUUUCCCCCGCCUCCGUUGCCUUCCUCCUUUCCCCCCUGCCUCCGAUGCCCUUCCUCCUUUCCCCACUGCCUCCCGAUGCUCGUUCUCCUUUCCUCCCUCCAAUGCUCCUUUUUAAUCCCCCCCUCUGCCACACAUUGUUGCCCUCCCCCAUUCAUUCUCCUUUGCCCUGCACUCACAUAGCUUUAUUAAGCAAGUUACUCUUGAAAACUGCCAAAGGUGUUUUUAUGAAACCUUCAAUAAAUUUAAAGGAAAGACUGCAGAAUGCAAAAGUAGGUGUUCCACAUUUCAAGAAAAUUUCAUCUAAUUCCAAAAUACAACUGAAACCAUAUUCUUUGUAUACAGUUAACAAUUCUUACAGUAAAUUUGGCUGGUCUCUCACCACUGGGGAUGUUGAUAAUGAUGGAUUUGAUGAUUUAGUCAUUGGUGCCCCAGGCUAUAGAGCUGAACAGAGCCCACAGCAAGGAUGUAUCUUUGUUAUUUAUGGUAAUGAAUCUGGGAUCCUUCCAGGACAUUUCCAUCUGGAUUCUCUGGAAGCAUUUAGUUGUGGAUUGCCAAAGAAUCAGUCACGAUUUGGAGCUUCAGUUGUUAUCCUGGAUCUGAAUGUUGAUGGAAUUAAAGAUGUUGUGGUUGGAGCUCCCUCUUCAAACAAUUUCCCAUCUUUGGAAUACCAGGGAGAAGUUUUUGUUUUCUUUGGUGAAAAGAUGAAACAAAGAACCUCCAGAGAGGCUGAUAUGGUGAUUAAAUGUUCUAAGCAUACUUAUUGUAAUGUUGGUUGGAAACUAAACACAGCUGAUAUUAAUGGUGAUGGACAAGAUGACCUUCUCAUUUCGACACCUUUCUUUGCUGCUUCUGGAUCUCAAAGAGGCUGUGUUGCAAGUCUUUUGGCUCAUGCAGACCUCAAAGCUGCAAAGACAAUGGAAUUUGACCAACUGGAUUGGAUGCAGUGUGGGAGUCAGGAUUUUGGCUGGUUUGGAUAUAGCAUGGCCGUGUCUAAAGAAAAUGUUUUCUCAGAGAAACCAGGAAAACUUUUGGCUAUUGGAGAACCCACAUACAGAAUCUGUGAAUUUACCAACUGCACUUUCUCCAGCAAUGAUCAUCAAGGUAUUGGCCGUGUACAUCUUUAUUUCCUUGGCAUUGGCAGGAUGCCUGUUUAUCUUUCAGACAUUUUGGGACCAAAGAUGAAUUUAAGCCAAUUUGGUUCCUCACUUGCUUUUGGAAAGCCAUUUCAAUCCAAAUCUUUGGUUUUGGCUGUUGGUGCUACAUCAAAUAAUGUAAAAGGAUCUGAUGGAUUCUUUCCUAUGACUCUGUACCAGGCAGGCACCGUUUAUUUGCUAAAUGUUUCAACAUUUUACCAAAAUGAUUUAAUUGCAACAUUCUCUGGAGACAGAUUUGUUGAUUUAUUUGGCAUGAAACUACAGUUUUCAGACGUGAAUCGUGAUAACAUUGAUGAUUUUGUCGUUACUUCCCCUUUUUAUAAGAAGAAAAUCCUAGGCAAUUCCGGGGUGGAAUCAGGACAUGUCUAUAUUUAUUAUGGUGGUGAUGACUUUCCUACGGGUAAUGUGACUUCUCAGUGCAAACACACACCCAUUGUUCCUUGUCCAGGGGAAAAGGCAUCUCUGCAAAUUUCUGGUGAAGAAGAAAAAGCAAGAUUUGGAAAUGCUUUUGCUGUUUAUAAAACAAAGAGAGAUGUGUUUCUGGUUGUCUCCUCCACACACAGCAGUGCAGGUGAUCGUUUGUCUGGCUCUGUGACUCUCUAUCGGAUGCCCCAAUAA